UUUCCGUCGUUUGCUAGCCUUGACCUGCUGUGUCACGUGAUACCGUUGGCGACUGUCAGGUACUGGAUUCAGGUGGAUAAAAAUGAAAUAUUUUUGUUGUUUUUAACAAUUAUCGCUUAAGAAAGUCGAAAUAAAGGUUUUAGCCAUUGUUUGUGAAAAAACAUCUUAUUCGCACUGCAAAUCUUCACGAGAGAAAUGGGUAUCGUCAACUUUUUGAACAGUCCCCAAAUAGUCGCGAAAUUUCAGAAAAUAUGUGGGGUGGAAGGUUUGCCGGAUCAGAUGACAGCAGAUGAAACUGAUGUCACUCCUGGUUACAUGGGCGAGGAACAGUAUGAAAAAUAUGUUAAAGUCAGGGACACUGAGAAUUAUGUACUUCAUGGACGUUACAAGAACAAUAAUUCAGUGAAAACUAACGACUUGCAAAAAGAGGGCGUGCCCCCAUUCAGUUCGGAUGAUUCAGAUUCAGAAAAUGGCCAUAGCAGAGGCAAGCUGUACAAAAUCACUCCACACAAAAUCAGACACAAAUGGGUUUAUUUCUGGUUUAAGUUUGCAUCUUUCUUUGGAGAUGAAGAAUUUUACCUUACCUGUUUACCAUUUUUGUUAUGGAAUGUUGACACAUAUUUGAUGCGCCAAACUGUCAUAGUCUGGUCCAUAUCAAUGUAUAUCGGCUCUGUGAUGAAGGAUAUUUUCCAAUGGCAGCGCCCUGCUACACCUCCAGUUGUGAGACUUGAUGUAGACUUUGCCCAGGAGUUUUCAUUACCUUCUACCCAUGCUGUUGCUGCUUCUUCUAUUCCAUUUACAAUGGCAAUCGUCAUCGUUGAUCGAUAUCAGGUUCCAGCUGAGGUUGCGUUUGGUGUUGCAACAGUUUGGUGCCUGAUGACGUGUGGUAGCAGACUCUACCUAGGCGUUCACUCACUACUGGAUGUUGUAUGUGGCUGCCUGAUCUCCCUGAUGGUUGCCAUGGUGAUCUUGCCAUUCCGUAUCCAGAUAGACUGGUUCAUUCAGACGAGCCCUGCAUCCCCCAUUGUGCUGCUAGCUCUCUGCCUGGCAUUCUCUACCAUUCUCUACCCUGCCCCGGAGAUUGGUAAUAACACCCGUGGAGAUGCGGUGAAAAUCAUUGCCACAACAACUGGGUGUCUCCUUGGGCAGUGGGGGAACUACUUUAACGGCAUGACAACCACGGUUGCACCCCCUGAGGAACUAUUUCCAAUCUUCAUGCCAACGCUUAAAUGCGUUGCAAGUGCAAUUUUAAGGUUUAUGAUCGGAGUUUUAACUCUGGUACUAGUUAAAACUGUGGUUCAGACGGUCACAUUGAAAGGAGUAUUGGCUUUCUUCAGACUGAGGAAGACCGACAAACAUCUGCCGAAAGUUCAAGUUCCAUACAGAUUUAUAACAUACAUGACCCUGGGUAUCAUCAUCAGCUGGACAGUUCCCAUUCUGCACACCAAGUUCGGUCUGGGGAGGUCUGGCAUUUACAUGGAAGUUCUGUAAAGGCUGUUUAUAUUAUUAAAUUAAUAUUUUCAAAACUUAUUCAUCAUGAGCAAAUCCCUGUGUACUUGAGCAAAUUCCCAAUGUACUUUCAUGUAGAUUGAAUUAGAAAUAGUUUUAAGUGUUUGUGAUAGUGUGUAUGUGUGUGUGUGUGUGUGUGUGUACAGUUAUUUUGUCUGAUUUCUAUUAAUUAAUGAAAAAUGUUGGUGUUUUAUAUGUUUGAAUUAAGCACAUUUUAACUGACGUCAAUAUUGCUUUUUUGGAAAUUCCCAAAUCAUUGGUUUAUAUGAACAAUCUACAGGGAUUACAUUAAUUACAGUAAAUUUGUUUAAAUUUCACUGUCAAAAUGUAUGGGGAGUAAUUGGUUUUUCUUCGUCAACGUGAGCUAGAGUUCUCUUCAAAAACAGGCAUCUUUUAAAAAAAAAAUCGGAGCCACAAACUACUGAAAUUCAUCCCCCAAAAGAGACAAAUUAAACGGCAAUAGAAAAUUAGGGUCGGUGCCAAAAAUAAGGGUGAAUUGGUAAACUGAAUACAAAUAUAUUUUUAUGCCUUGUUUUAUUAAAAUUUAAUAGCCAAAUGUUUCUUUUAUAUUCUUGAUAAGCAAUUUUGCAUGUGUUUGUUUAUCAUAGUUGUAUGAUUAUAUAUCGACGAAUUUCUUACAGGUUUAUUGGUUUCGCCAAAGAUCAAAAUUGUUAUGAAUUAAUUACUAGUAAUUAAAAUCAUUGUGUGUUUACUAUCCUUUUCUUGGUUGAUAUUCUGGUGGCCAUCUAGCCUACAAUUUGUUUAAAUGUUUGCUCCACAUUGACAUAUAUAAGCUCAACAGUUUAAUCGUUUUACUUUUAUAUAUAUGAAAUCCCUGCACCUACUGAAUGCUAUUCCAUAGUUUACUUGUUAUCGCAUUUGGCAGUUUGUUAAUGUCAUGUUGUUUUGAGUUUAUUUUUAAAUUUCAUAAUAGAUCUAUUCAUGUGUAAAAUGGUCAUUGAAUUGUUACAUGUAAAUGUGGUUAUGUGUGUGUAUAUUGAACGAAAAUAAUUUUACAUCAGCAGCCAAUUGUAUAAAACAGAUUUUUUUUUUUUAAUUUGGUCAUUUGAAGUUAGCCAAACUGUUUUUUGAUUGGUCAAUAUUUGUCAAAUGAUUUUAAAUUACAUUUAACCAAUUAAUUUAUUUAAAUGUGCAACGAAGCUUGGAGAUAACCUGUGGGCAAUUUAUCAAACAUGUAUGCAAUUGGCUGUGUUAUGAAGCAGAAAAGUUACCCUUUGCAUUAUUUCUAGUCCUAACAAAAAUAAAUCUGUACCUUUUAUUAUAUUUUUAUACUGUUGUGGCUUGAAAUAAAAAAAAAAAUAUUGUAAAUUAUGUAUACAUGUAACUAAUACAUUUACUGUAGAUAAGCUUUUACUUAUAUGAUUAUGUUGACAUGUACUAGUUGUUUCUUAUAUUUGGCUAAUUGCAAUUUUAAAUUAUUAUUAAAACUGUUGGCAUAUUAAUACCUAGUAGUAAAGCUUAGUUCAUGUAUGGCUUUUAUGUUGCAAUACAUGUUAGUUUAAUAGCAUGCUCAAUUUGUAUAUACCUCUAUGUUAAAAUUUAGUAAAAGUCAUUUCAUUUGAAUUUAGUUGCAAGAUCAAAAUUUAUUUCACUCUUGAUCACAGAAACUGAAAGCUGUUCAACUGUUAUAAAAUAACAUUUAUAUAAUGUUAGAUUAUUUUGAGGGGUGAUCCAAAAGUUCCUUGACACAUCUAACAGUGUACCGACUGAUAUCAAACAUCUGUACGCCAUAUUUCAUGUUUAUUUCUACAUCAAACUAUACCCAUAACACCAACAAUCUUAUUAUUCAUGUAAGCCUAGAAAUGACUCUGGCCUAAAUAGUGUUUGCAUUUUUGUACAAAAAAUGUACCAAAAAAAAAUUAUAAAAGUUUUCAUGCUUUCUGUAUAUUCAGUUAUUUAUCUAGUCUUGUGCCAUUUGUACAAUUUUUUCUUACAUAUCAAUCAUAAUGUUUAUUUUGGAAUGAUUCAAAUGCUAUGUUAUAUCAUAAUCAUAUGUGUUUGAAGUAUGCUAAAUAAUAAACAACUGUUACACGUAUUCUAAAAGCUGUAAAAUCAUGUAUGAACAUUGAUUGGACCUUCUAAAAUAUCAAAACACAUACUUUAUGUUGAAAAUUAUAUCUAAAACAUGGUUUGAAUUGAACAUUAUGGAUACUCCAUACAUCUAGAAUAGUUAUGUUUAUCUAGUAAGAGAUGUUUUUGUUAGUGACCACUUUUUCACCCAUAUCCAUUAAUUGCCAACACUGCAAAGGCUUAUUUAACACCUCCAUUAUGAUUGUUUUCCAUACAAAUGAUCGUAUGUGUUUAAAUGAGGCUUCAAAAUAGGAAAACUUAAUAUUUUUCUCUGAACAAGAGCAAUUUAUCAGCAAUAUUUACACUGCAACAUAUUACUGAGGAUUAUCAAAAAAAUACCCGAACAAAUUUGAAAAUAUUUCAUUUCAAAUGACUGGUUUAAACAAAGCAACACGUUUCAGUGUUUUAGAAACAUGUUUUUUUAGAUUCUUUUUUAAAUUCAAUCUUAAGUGGGUGAAUUAUUGGUUAAGUUCACUGUCAGUUUAGUGGAUUUUGAUUAUACAUAUCAUUUAACUGCUUUGUAGAUCAGGAACCUAAAUGUUUUCUAUUAUAUAGGGGUUCUAAAGUUCAGUAACUACCAAUAUCACUCAAGUCCCUUGAGAGUAAUCACCCUUUGAUUAUAGAAAUUACCUAAAAGUUGUAUUGUUCGAUAAAUAACUUUAGAAGCCUUUCUCCGAUUAUCACCAAAUUUGGUCAAAAUGUGUAUGGACGUAACAUCUCUGACAAGUGCGACAACCAGCCAUAUUGCUUGUGACACUUGGUCAAAAUGUGUAUGGACGUAACAUCUCUGACAAGUGCGACAACCAGCCAUAUUGCUUGUGACACUUGGUCAAAAUGUGUAUGGACGUAACAUCUCUGACAAGUGCGACAACCAGCCAUAUUGCUUGUGAUGCUUGAGAGUUAUCACCCUUUAAAAAUAGAAAUUACCUAAAAUCAAUAACCAUAGAAGCCUUUUGACCAAUCAUCAUCAAUAUUGGUCAGAAUGUGAAUUGGCAUAAAAUCUCGGACAAGUUCAAUAACCAGUCAUAUUGCUCUAGUCAAUGAAUUUUUUGCUCUUGAUUAUAGAAAUUACCUAAAAUCAGUCUUGUCCGAUCAAUAACUUCAGAAUCCUAAAUUGUCCAAUCAUCACCAAAUCGGGUCAGAAUUUUUAUGGGCGUAAUAUCUCUGACAAGUUUGAUAACAGCCAUAAUGAAUCCUUCAUACUUAAACAGACUCUCAGCUUGUUUUUAGGAUUGACUAUUAUCAGCUGUUAAAAUCCCUCAUUUUAUUAUUGUUUGCUGUAAAAGUUCAUUGCUUAUGUAAGGGAUUGCAGGUAUUUGAAAUAUUUUUUUAUAGCUUUUGGAUUUACAUUGUUACCUUGUUUUCUAAUAACAUUUUGUAUGAUUGAAUGUGAAACUGACCAUAAUAAUUAUCAUUAUGUGAUUAUCAUACGUGGCGUGUGAGCGAAUACGAAUAUAAAUCGAGUAUGCUAAAUAUGAUUCCAUGGAUAAAUUUAUAUCCUAAAAUAUAUAUUAGAUAUGGUAAGUUAUGUAUAACUUUUUAUUAUAAAAUGGUUGUGAUUGUAAUGUUAUCUCCAUAUCGAGGCAAAUUUGCUGCUAAAGUAUUAUUUAAAUUUUGUUCAAGUAAUUAUAAAGUGAUUUUGAUAUGACAACUCACUAAAAAAAUCAGGGGCCGAUUUCUUGAAACUAUCUUAAGUCUGUUAUAACAUGAUUCACCUAAGCUUAUUAUUUUUGUUCUUCUAUAAUAUCGGUAAUAUUUGAUUCUUUGAAACUUUUAGACUUUUAAUGGAGGUUAUCUGGCAGAUAAUCACAAUAAACUAAUUUUUAUUGAUUAAAAACAAGUUUGAGAAUGAAAUUUUGCUUAUCAAAAUAAGCUACUUAAGCCUUUUAAACUUGAGAAGUUUCGAGAAAUCAGGGCCAGAUGUUAAGUUUCCUGUUGAUUUUACAUUUAUUUCCGUAGCUGUUUCUAAUUUGAAGUUGAUUGUUUGAAAAAAUACUGUUAACUGUUUUUUCAUUUAAAAUUGAUUGUUUGAAAAAUCAUUUUCAUUCUUUUCUUGUUAAAUCAAUUGUUCAUUGUUUUCUGUACGGUAUGGUACAAGUAUAGUGGGUCUACGUAGGUUAAAGAGAGUUCAUUUGAGUCUGCAACCUUAAAUAGCAAGAUAUAAAUGAAGAAGUUCUAUUUUUGCAGAUAUUUUCAUCUGGUAAAUGAUAUUCAGGGACCUCCAUUUUUGUACAAGAUAUUGAAGCAACCUUACAUUGGUCUCAAAAAGAAAAAAAAAGUUGAACUGUGUUAACCCAUCACUCAGUGUUGUAUUUCAUGUUCAUACGCAGACUCACUAUACAUGUAACCCCCUGCCUUUAUAUAUUUUGCCUGUAUUGUUAUGCUUUUUAUGAACCGCUUUAUACACCACUAUCAUAAGGGUUGGAAUAUCAGAAUUCGAAAGGAAUGUCCUAUAGCAAACAGGUUUUAAAUGACAUAGUUUUUGUGUCUUGUGGUAAGAAAUUCAUUUCUUGGAAGUGUUUUGCUCUAAUGUGUUUAUUACAAUUUAUAUUGUGUAUUAUAAGAAAUAAAAAUCUUAACUAAGUAUGAACCUUCAAAAUCUGGGUGUUUGAAGCUUUUGUUGGAUUUGAAACUCCCUGACUUGAAUGUAUUGACAUUUGCUUGAAUUCAUGAAACAAAACAAUGCAAAAUGAGGACUUAAUAUCAAUAUACAUAUGAAAUAUCAGGUUGAUAUCCCGUUGUAUCAGGUUUAAAACUGGCUUGAAUGAAUUGACAAUUGCUUGAAUUCAUAACAUAAAACAAUGCAAUAUAUGAGGACUAAAUAUCAUUAUACAUAUGAAAUAUCAGUAAAGCAUUCCAUUUCAUUAUAAGUCAUAUAUUUUUAAUUGUUUAUAUGAUUUUAUAUAUAUAAGUUUGUACCAGCAUUAUUAAACAGAAAACUAUAAGUUAUAAAUAUAAUAUUUAGAUUGUUUUGAUAUGGCCUACAAUUAGUAUGUUUAAUUUUUUCUUUGUUAGGAAAGUUAGGCUGGAUAAAGUUUUUCAAAAGUUCAUUAAAAAGAUCAUCAUAAAAUCAAAUGUGUUAAGUGCAAUAAUGCCAAAAAAUACCUUGUAAAGACGCGGGUGUUUUAAAACAAAAACAGAUUUACAUGAAACUUUGAUAUUUUUUGGCCUAAGCUAUUAUAAUUUUCAUGCCUAUGAUGCAGUGGCAUAUAUUCAAUAACCUUUUGAUCAACAUUCCAUGUUCUAAUUUUAGAAAUGUAGCUACUAUUUAAUGGAUGAGAAUAUAAUUAUGCUGUAUAUUGUUAUAAAACUGAGCCAAAGAAUAUUUCUUAGCAGUCUGGAACAAAUUUCAGGGUUAGCUUGUCUUAAUUCACUGCUUUAUGUCAUACUGUAGAUAACUACACUGCUUAUAUAACACCUGUGUUUUUGUUGUUUGUAUACAUUUUAUUCUGCACCGUGUGUAACAUUGAUCAUAUUUCAAAACCAGUCAUUCGUGAAGGCUUAGGCUAUAAUGUUAGUCGACACAAUUGAUAAACGCAUGAUAGAUAAAUGACAUAUUUUGCUUAAAAUUAUUUCUGACAUACUUGUUUUCCUUUAUAUCAUGUAAUUACGAACAGAAUCCACACAGCAAUGCAAAUUAUAAACAAGUGGUUUACCAAUUAUUAUUUUAUUUUUCAUUUCUUUAUAAUGAUCAAGUUGAGUUGAAAAUGAAAGUGUUAAAUACUCCUGUACUUAUUAAUGCAUAUUAUAUUUUUAUUUGUUUUAUAUUGAUUUUAGUUGUAUUGAAUAGUUUGAUUUUGUAUAAUUUAUAUAUAGCUGAUACUAACUUUUUCCAAUUAAAUAAAAUAAUAUGUUUUAUCAAUUAUUGAUCAUAUUCAAAUAAAUAAAAAUCCGUAAAAGUU